GGGAAAUAUGACGAAAACCACUGAAAGGUAUUACAUCUGGCAGCCUUGCAAUUAUGCACAGCAUGGAAGCAUAGAACAAUUUUGUGUUUGCCAUCUGAUUAAUGUCAAAUUUGAAAGUACUUGAGUAUUUUUUAAACUCCAAUUUGCAAUACAUUCAAAACAAGGAAACGAGCGCAUCCGUAUCAGUAAUUACAAAGGUCCCAAUGUGAACCGAUAAGCUCUUGAAAUCAAUAAAUACACCAGAAUGUGCAGUAUAGCUGUCCGUGUGGCGACAUCAGCUGCAAGAAACAGGCCGCUGGAAACUCCAUCAGCCUUUCACUUCUUGAAACCGGACAGUCGCACAUUCACCUUGACGAACCAUCGGUGCGUAGCGACCGCUAAGGCAAAAAGUAAAAUGCAUGCCAAACUAACAGAUGAAGAACGCAACACCACCCUUGCUGCUUUGCUGAAACAGGGGUGGAAACUCGUGGACGGUAGAGAUGCCAUUCAUAAGGAAUUUCUGUUCAAGGAUUUCAACCAGGCUUUUGGCUUCAUGUCUAGAGUAGCCCUGUUAGCAGAAAAGAUGGACCACCAUCCAGAAUGGUUCAAUGUAUACAACAAGGUGCAAGUAACAUUGGCCUCUCACGACGUCAAUGGCCUCAGUGGCCGUGAUGUCAAAUUGGCCAACUUUAUGGAAGAUGCUUCAAAAUCUGUCAAACAAUAAUUAUUGACCAGUCUUGUGAUGAUGGCUAAAGGACCAAUGAUAUAAUCUACAAUUUGUUGUUAAGCCUUUAUUGUUACAGGUUUUCAUAUGUCUACCAUUCAAUUCUACAAUAAUUUAUCAUUAUUACAUUCUUAAUAAGUUAUAACUGUGAUUAUUUCGAAUUUUGCUUUUUUGUAAAUGUCUGAAAUACAGUAUAAUUGUUACGAUUA